AUGGAGAUUCCAUUAGUAUCCUCUGGUUUUCCACACACAACCAUUCCCCAAAGCUAUAUCCGGCCCGAGCCCGAUCUGCCCAAACUUUCCGAAGCCAAAGAUUACUAUAAUGCCCCUGUUAUCGACUUCGGCUGUGGUGAUACAAAACUCAUUGCCAAUCAAAUAGCUCAAGCUUGCCAGCAAAAUGGAUGUUUUCAGGUGAUAAAUCAUGGCGUGUCGAAAGAACUUAUGGAAAAAAUGGUGCAAGUGACCAGGGAAUUUUUCGACCUUCCCGUGGAGGAGAAGAUGAAGUUGUACUCUAACGACCCGUGUAAAACGACGAGGUUGAGCACAAGUUCUAAUUUUCUAAAGGAGAAAGUUCACAAUUGGAGGGAUUAUCUCAGGCUUCAUUGUUACCCUCUGGAUAAUUAUGUCAAGGAAUGGCCUAACAACCCCCCAUCUUUCAACCGUGAAGCCGCUGCCGGAGAGCCGCUACCGCUGCGGGAGAUUGGAAGGGUGCUGACGCCGAGAGGUGGAGGAGAGGAGAAUUCGGAUCUUAGGACGGGGAGGGAGUAUAUUUAUGAGAAGUUUGCGGGAGCCCAUACAGAUCCCAACACCCUAACCAUUCUGUUGCAAGAUGCGGAAGUAAUGGGCCACCAGCUGCUCAAGGAUGGGAAAUGGAUGACUGUGAAGCCCAUUCCAAAUGCAUUUGUGGUCAACAUUGGUGAUCAAUUGCAGGCUUUGAGCAACUCAAGAUACAAAAGCACUUGGCACAGAGCUGUGGUGAAUGCCCACAAGGCAAGAAUCUCAGUAGCUUCGUUUUUGUGCCCAUCAAACAGUGCUGUGAUCAAAGCUCCAAAGGAACUUACAGAAAAUGGGUCAGAGUAUUAUGACAAAUUUUGGGGCAGAAAUCUUGACCAAGGACACUGUUUGGAACUUUUCAAGAAUGUUAUAUAG